AUGAACAGACCGGGAACACUACCACCAAAAAGUCAACAAGAUACUUUCAUGGAAGAUUUAUUAGAAGGACUUAGUCCUUCUGAUCUUAUUCCUUCUUCACCAAUCGAAUCAAAGAAACUCUCACAAUCUAAAACAAUCCGUUUAUCUGAAACUAGGAAUAUGAAAAACCUUUACUCUUCUCAAAAUGAUCCAAAGGAUCUAUCGAUACCAGAAAAGUUGGAUAAAUCGAUCUCUCCUAAACGGAGUUUACAAGCUUUCAAUGUAAAAAGACAAGGAAGUUUAAUGCGAUGUAAUAACAAUUAUGAUGAUGUUCAAUCAAUCGACCCGACAAGAAGUACUGCCUCGAAAAUCUCGCGUCAGAAGGCAUCAGAUCUCUCAAAAGACUCAUCAUAUUGUCAAGCCACUCAGCGUGACACUUUCAAAAAAGAUUCUGUCCAUCGAACUGGCACUCGUGGCGUAUCAUCAUCCCCUCUAUCAACCCCGAAACUCGCCAAAUCACUCGCCAAACUCAGCCCAGGAAAAGCUAGUCCUUUGAAGGAUUCCACAACUCAUGUAGCUGUUCAUCAUGAAGAUUAUGACGCGCUUUUUAUGGAUCUUGAAGAUGGCUGGGAUGAUUUUGUAGAAGAUGAAAAUGAAAUACCCAACCUAAAUCACAAGCUACCUCUUUGUCGACAAUAUACGAAAUGUAUUAUAUCACAGAUUAUAACACCGCCAGAAUGGAAUAAUUUGAACAAACGUAUGGAAAGAACGAUUGAAGUGACGAUCAACUCAUCGAAAUAUCAUGAUGAAAUUAGAAGAUUGUUACUUUGUGAUGAUUGGGCUGAAAGUUUAGUUGAAUUGAAUGAUGAAUUAAAUUUAGUUUCAUUACCUGAUUCACCACCGAUCCAACUUGAUCAAGAAUUGAUUACUUUCUCUAGAUCUGAACCUGGACAUCUGGUUAUCCUUAUCCCUUCACUUUUGAUCAACACUACGGCAGUUUCGACCGCUCCUUCGUGUCCUAGACGAGGCGUGUUGAAUGAUAGGAUCAAGAGUAGUCAUAAUGAUAUCGGUGAAGCGGUGAUUAGAGGUACUAUUGUUCAUGAAGUUAUUCAAAGCUUGUUAUUACCUACUGAAGACAUGAUAUCAGAAGAUGGGUAUCAACAAACUUCUACUCACCCGCAAGCACUUUGGCCAAUGACUAAGAUUUUGAAAGAAGCUAGGAAAGCUUGUGUGAGACACGUGGGUGAUUUAUUGAUGAUUAAUCAAACCGUGGAUCAAGGGUUUAGUAUGGUUUCAGAACAUUUAAAAGAAUUGCCUAGUUGGUCCAAGAAAUAUAUUCUUCAAAACAAUCAAGGAAAGAAUUUCAAGUUGCAAAAAGAUGCACAUUUAUUUGAUCCAAGAAGUAAUGUAAGGCAAGAUGAAGCGCGACCCAAGAUUUCACUUACAGCUAUUCAUGAUAUAGAAGAAGAGAUUUGGUCACCUAAAUAUGGAUUGAAAGGUAAGAUUGAUGCAACAGUCGAAGCAGCGAUUAUUGAAGAACCAAAGAAAGUUGGAUUUUUCUUUAACAAGGAACUGUUUACACAAGAAUGUAAUGUAUUUCCAUUAGAGAUCAAAACCGGUAGGAAACCUAAUGGGGUGGAACAUACUGCUCAGACUAUGUUAUAUACUUUAUUGAUGAGUGAUCGUUAUAAUCAGAAUGUUCCGGCUGGAUUACUGUUUUAUACAUCUAUCAACGAAAUCACACGGGUCCGAGCCGUUAAAGCUGAACUUCGACAGCUUAUCAUUGCGAGAAAUCACCUAGCUAGUUACAUUCACAAGCGAGCCAUCGAUCCUGAGGACGUUAUGCUCCCUCCAACUCAGAGCUCAGGAAAUGAUGAAAUGCCGUCGAGCCCACACUUUGAUGGUGACCUACCCGCAUUGGAUAUAGAGCGCACUUUGCUACCGGAACCUAUCGACGACGCCCAAACCUGCUCUCGAUGUUAUGCAGUGGAUAGUUGUAUGCUAUAUCGGAAAACAAUUGAAGGUGAAGAUGAGAUUCCAUCUAGAAGAGGAUUAGAAGCACUUCAGUCAAUCUAUCGAGACAAAACUGAACAUAUCACGCCAAAUCAUUCUACAUUCUUUACUAAAUGGGAAUCACUUAUCUCACUUGAAGAAAGAGAAUUAGGUAAAUUCAAAAAAGAAAUCUGGGAACUCACUGCAGAUAAACGUCAAGCUAAAGGUAGAGCGUUUGCUAAUAUGGAAAUUGAUGAAUCGUUUGAUGAUAUAAGAUGGUUGAAGACUACUAAGCGGGGUAAUACGAUACAUCGUUAUACUUAUUGUUUUAUGUCUUCUACUUCGAGUGUUUCGAGUCAGUCGCCUAAAAAGAGUCGAGCUUCUUUAUCUCAGGUCGUUCCUACUCAAUCAUUAUUGUCUGGUCAAAUGAGCGUUGGUGAUCCGGUGGUCAUCUCUAUCGAGGGUGAAAAACUGGCUAUAGCGAAGGGGUUCAUCUGCGAUUUAUCUCCAUACCGUAUUGUGAUAGGAUUAGAUCAUCGAGUAGAGAACAUUGGACCUGUCUCGAUUGGCAGUAUGAUACCUAAAUCAUACAAACAGGAUGAUCAGAAACCGAAGAUAUUCUAUCGAAUUGAUAAAGAUGAACUUAUGGCAGGAAUGGGACGAAUACGUGAUAAUAUUGCUCAAUUGUUUUAUACUCAUGGAGAUUAUAAACGUCGUGAAUUGGUAGUAGAUCUCAGAGCUCCGGUCUUUGAACCCACGCCGGAUAUCUUUGGUACCGAUCCUCGAUUUGCUCAUUUAAAUGAAGAUCAACGUGAUGCUAUUUGUAAAGUGAUAUGUUGGUUAAAAGAUAUACUUUCAGAUGAAAGGAAAGUUGUGUUUGUUGAUACUGAUAAAAUUGAUGCACAAGAAUCUAUUACUGGUAGUUUAGUACAAAACAAAGUUGAAGCUCAAUUAGUGGUUCAAAUUGUCAAUGCAUUGCUAAGGGGUGGCGUUCCUGCUUCUGAAAUUGGUGUGAUUACACCUUAUCGACAGCAAAUCAAAUUAUUAAAUUAUUUACUUGAACACGCACCAUCGGUAGAAAUCAUCACAGCAGAUAAAUCACAAGGAAGAGAUAAAUCAUGUAUCAUCAUGACCAUGGUACGGAAUAAUGAACAUGGAAGUGUAGGAGAAUUAUUAAAAGAUUGGAGAAGGAUAAAUGUUUGUUUGACGAGAUCUCGAGAGAAAUUAAUUAUCUUAGGUUCAUUCAAGACACUUAAAUCAUCUGAAAUCUUGAAUGAAUUUCUUAAUUUAGUUGAAGCUAAGAAAUGGAUCUAUUCACUUGAAAGUGGUGAUCAAUUUACUCAUGCUUCAUUGAUUGCUUCUUCUUCUUCUUCUACCACCACCACUACCAAUCUUUCGUUUAAUAAUCAUUUAACUCCUUGUAAAGUUUCAAGGAUUAGACCUCCUAGUUCUCCUAUUGAAAAACUUUCACCUAGGUUACGGAAUAUUAGGAAAACUCAUGCUGUUUUGAAUGAGAUUACUACUCAUUUGAUUUUUGAAGACGAAUGA